AUGCCCAUGUGCGGUGGAACAAAGUCUGUGCAGCGCAAGCUGGUGCUGCUCGGUGACGGUGCAUGCGGCAAGACCUCGUUACUUAAUGUAUUCACAAGAGGUUACUUUCCAACAGUAUACGAGCCUACAGUAUUUGAGAACUACGUACACGAUAUCUACAUCGACAACACACACGUCGAGCUUAGUUUAUGGGACACCGCUGGGCAGGAAGAGUUCGACAGGCUACGAUCGCUGAGCUACGAUGACACCCACGCGAUCAUGCUUUGCUUUUCGGUCGAUUCACCGGACUCGCUCGAGAACGUAGAAACGAAAUGGGUCGGCGAGAUAGCAGAGAACUGCCCUGGCGUUAAGCUCGUUCUGGUUGCACUCAAGUGUGACCUGCGGAAAAAAGAAGAUGACGACGCGGAUGACCAACAGCCUGAGAAGCCAUGCAUCGACUAUAAUGAGGGUCUUCGCGUAGCAGAGAAGAUCAAGGCUCUGCGAUACCUGGAAUGCUCUGCCAUGAAGAACCGAGGUGUUAACGAGGCUUUUACCGAAGCCGCCCGUGUGGCUCUACAAGUCAAGACUAGCAAAGACAAGAGCGGCGGUUGUACCAUCCUAUAG